UCUCCCCACCCCCCCGCCCUCCCAAACCGCCUCUCUUCCAGCACACGCAAGUUUUUAAAAAGAUGAUGGUUCUGUCAGCUCUUGUCACUUGUGGCACAGGCUGGGGACAGCGUUAGUCUGCACUAGAAGAAUUGGUAACUUUUCUCAACUUGGCUUCAGAUUUCUUUCUCUUUGUGCUUUUCUCAACAAACUGAAUGAUAGUUGAGUGAGACCCAAUUAAGCAACUGAGCAGGAUCGAAGAUACAAACAGAUGGCACCAGGUGUCAGGAGAUGAAAAGUCUUUAAUGGUUGAAUGCAAAGUGUGGAGAUGUUGAGAUGAAAUUUUAUCAUGUACGUCCGAAGAACUCAUUAAAGGAGCAACAAGGGGCAGUGCAAGAUCUGAUUGUGGCUUUCUUCCUGGCUAUAUUUUUAUCAGCAAACUCUCUCGGUUGUCAGUUUGAAGGAUUCCAACCCCACACUACAACGUACGGUUCGGUAAUCGAGACUCUGAGGACACAUCUCCCUACAGAUUACAACCUCACUGUUUUCCUGCAGGACACCACCAAUCUGGACAGCUGUUGCGUUGAUCUGCAGGUGAUGUUGUCUCUGAAUCGCUCGAUUGGACACCUUUACCGUCACUCAAUGGAUAGGCUCCAAAAUUUGACGUUCAAUGUGCUCCGGGAGCUGAGGUUUCUGGAGGAUUGCCCGAUUCAUGAAUCCUUUCACUGUGAAAUGGUGCAAUGGAAUUCUUCGCAUCUUCUCCUGAACUUGAUGGAACGUUUCAGACUUUUCGAUGCCACGUUCAACCAGAACAAAUGUGACUUUGGACGAUGCACUUUACACGCCUGCCUGGCAGGAGAUGUUGCAACGACAAUAUUGCCAGCAGCAAAUGCCACAGCAACUUCAGUGGAGCCGGGAAUGUUUGCCAAUGGAACGGAGAACGUGCCCACCCGUGCAAUUAUUGGCAAUGCAACCAAUCCCACUCCAGCUAUGACCCAUCGCAACCUGACCAGCUUAACCAACGGAAGCAAUCCGUCUCCAACCUUGACCAAUUGGAACCUCACAGGCUUAGCCAAUAGAACCAGCACCAUUCUGGCUUUGAUGAAUGACAGCAUAGCUGCUACAACAAACCAAACCAAUAUCAACCCAACACCUCCAAGCAAUGGAAACAACAGCCCACUAGCAGCAACAUUCUGCAGCACUGAGCCCCGUGCAACCAUCUCUCCAAUAGCAACACAAACAGUUGUAAUCAUACUCAUAGUCAGCAUGUUUUUAAAUAUGGCCCUCUUCACAUGCUUGAUGGAUAGGAGAAGGCGGAUGGCCCCUCCACAUAUGACUGAAAUGGAUCCAUUGUCAUUCCCCAGAGAGGAGGUUCUCGAGGCAUAGGAGAGGGAGAGCUUUGGAAAGGAACCGGGAGAGAAAGUGAAGGGUGCAAAGAUUUUCCAAGGCCAGCUAUUGUGGAAAAAAAAGUCCUGCUUCAUGCCAUGCUCAUCUUCUCCAAAUGCAUUGCCUGGUCUGUACGCUGCCUGUCGUGUUGCUGUUGUACCUCAACUGUAUUUUCUGUAGCCCCUUUCCAACUUCCGUCCCCCCACCGCCGUCCAACCAUCUCUAUUUGCAGAAUGGACUUUUAUGUCAGCAUGUGUUAAGUUUGGGGGGAAAACAGCUGUCUUUAUUCGUGGAUGGUCUGGACCACCAGAGAAGGAGGGGCGUUGACUGACUUAACUGUGUGGCCUUUAUCUUCGCUCAAACCAUUAUUGCUCCAGCACCUACAGACAGACAGUGGCCGCAUUUUGCAGACGCUGAAGGAUGUGGUUCUCUGUCUUGGCCCCCCCACCCAACAUCCUGGGAUUCCCUCCAGAAGAGAGAAGGAAGACUGUGUGCACAUCUCGGAGUUGAGAGAGACUAGCCACUCAACCCAAUGGGAUUGAUGGUCAUGGAGAAAUGGAAGAUGGGGGAGUGCUGCUUUGUAUUCUCUGCACCUUUAACCCUGCGAAGGUCACUGCAAUGAACUUGAUUCAAUUGUGACCUGACAAGAUGCACUGAAGAUAUUUUGACUCUUGACUUUCUUGCUGAACUUGAUUGAUUGAUUUGUGUUUUAUAUUUCGUUUGUAUUGUUGCAUUGUUGUUCCUUUUUUUUUUGUCCCCAGCCAAGUGUGACUUUGGGCAUUGACUGUUGCUCUGCCCCGGGAAGCGAGUCUGAGCUGGCACCAGUGGGUGGUGCUCUGCUAUGAGUCUGCUGCUUCGUAUCAUGGCUGGAGUAGAGUUGGUGACCAACCAGGAACGAGGCAGUUGGGGGUUGGGGCUAGCUGGAAAGAUGGGAACCAAAGUGAUUGGGGUGGGACGAAAUGGCGGAGGGAGGGAGCUAGCUGUGAUGGAACGUGAGAUCCUAAACAUAAUGAGGAGGGAUGCACUGUAGAGAGCGGAGGAGGAGAAUGGGGCUUGGCAGUGGCGAGAGUAAGCUUGUGGGAGCUAUGUGUUAGACCAAUGAAAAUAUAACUUGUUAGAGAAGGAGCAUCUACUGUGUACUUAUAAAUCUGAUUUCACAAUGAGUAUGCUGCCACAUUGAGAGAGAAACCAUUCACUAGCUUUUGUUUUCACUAUAAGUAUCUUUAUCAGGCCUGGAAACUAAUCCUGGAGGGUCUGGAUUGAGUUCUGAGCCUGUGUUCUUUUUUUUUCCCCAACAGAAUAGUCCACAAAUAUUCCAAGUGUCCCUCUGUUAUUUAUAGGGACACCAAGUGUUAGAACAAACUGUGUACCAGAUCUUAUUUUUAAAAAAAAAAAAUCUUUUGACUGACCAAAUGGUAUCUUUCUCACAUGUUGAGUUCAGAGCAAGGUGCCGUUGUGUAUUGAGAAGUUCAGUCUGAUGGGGGAAAUGUGCAGCUUUCCCUUCCUGUGAACCUUCAUUUGUAAACUAACAUGAUCUCUUUUGGAAUGUAUAUUUUUAAAAAAUAUAUAUGUAUUACGGCUGUGCUGUAUUAUGUCCAGAGAAUGUAAGCUUAAAACAUAUUUAUUACUCUUUUUCCUUAAAAUAAAAGCAAAUCUUAA